AUGGGAUCCCUCCCCCCCACCACCGACCUCAUCCUCACCGACCGCGGCGGCAUCAUCGAAAACACACACGCCAUCCACGCCGCCAUCGUCUCCAGCAGCGGUACGCUCCUCUACUCCGUCGGCAACCCCCAUCGCCUCACCCUCGCCCGCUCCGCCGCCAAACCCGCCCAGGCCCUCGCCAUCCUCGAGACGGGCGCCUUCGACCAGUACAACUUCUCCGCCGCCGACCUCGCCCUCGUUUGUUCCUCGCACAGCAGCGAGGAGCGGCACAUCUCCCGCGCCCGAGACAUGCUGGAGCGCGUUGGUGGAGGCAGUAUAAGCGAGAGCGAUCUGCGCUGCGGCGGGCACCCCGCGCUGUCGGAGGCGGUGAACAGGGAGUGGGUUAAGAAGGACUUCGUGCCGGGGCCGCUGUGCAAUAACUGCUCGGGGAAGCACGUCGGGAUGCUGGCGGGGGCGAAGGCCCUCGCUGGCGGUGCUGGCGACUGGGCGGCUACGUACCAUCUGCCUGACAGCCCGAUGCAGCUGCGCGUCAGGGAGUGCGUCGCGGACAUGUGUGGCUUGCCGGCGGAGCAGGUCGCGUGGGCGGUCGAUGGGUGUAACUUGCCGGCGCUGGCGUGCCCGCUGCGGUGCUUGGCGCGGAACUAUGCCCUUGUUGCGGAGGCGGCGGAUGUGGUGAGGAGAGAGGGUCCCGAGGAGGAGGAGGAUGAGGAGGAGAAGGCGUCUUCCCGGGCGAAGGCUAUGGGGCGCAUUUUCGACGCUAUGGUCAAGCAUCCGGAGAUGGUUGCCGGGGAAGGAAGGUUCUGCACCGUUCUGAUGGAGGCGUUUGGGGAUACUGUGAUUGGCAAGCUUGGGGCUGAUGCGUGUUAUGGGGUUGGCGUACGGGCUUCGGGGCGGAGAGGUGCUCUUGGCAUUGCGGUCAAGAUAGAGGAUGGGAAUGAGGAGAUUCUUUAUGCUGCGGCGGCUGAAAUUCUUGAGCAACUGCAGAUUGGCACCGUAGAUAUGCGCCAGAAGUUGGCGAGCUUUCAUCAUCUAGAACGAGUGAAUACUGCGGGUGCUGUUACCGGUAAAGUCUCCUUUCAAUUCAAGGCCACACUCCGGAACGCUUCCAACGUUACCUCUGCACUCGUCACCCUCUUUCAACUCUCCUGGGCGUGGCGCGGCCUUGCGCAAGCUGCCAAUAGUGAGGCUCUGAUCUCGAGCCCUCAUUGCGGCUGGCUUGACUAUAGCCUCAACACGAACAGCUCGGACCUCCAGAGCAUUUUCAUACCGUACACCUAUCGAGACGUUUUCACAUCAGCAAACUACGCUCAGCAGUGUUACGCAUCGAACUCAACAGGCGUCUUAGCUUGCAGCACCUUCGUCAAGAAGAGACUGCCCGUGAAGGUCGUGACGAACGCUAGCUGCCCUUUCGAACAAGAAAUUUGCAAGAGCAAUGACAGAAACCUGCUCCUCGAUACCGGCUACUUGGACAGCCAUGAAGACUUUGGUCUCAAUUCUCCGCCUGAUCAGAGGUCUUACACGAGAUACGACUACGGUCCAGCAGUACUCCAACCUGGCAAUUUUACUUAUCAAUACUCAAACGACUUUUUCUGGGAAUCCACUCAAACACGUUUCACGGCGGCAGCAACAGACUACGAUAUAGGUUCUGCAAGAGCACUUCAAGUGAACGGCUCAAUACUGACAAACAUUUCAACCUUCGAACCGACGCCUGCCCUCCACCGAAAAGACGCAAACAUCUACAUCUUCUUCCUCUCCGCCAACCGCAUCAUCUUCAGCGCGCCCACCACCGACGACUGGUACAGCGCGACGACGCUUCAGGGCUACAUCCAACACGCAUCCGUAGUCGGAAAGGAAGCAGUCUACCGCCAAGACGAAGUCGCGUCCCCGCUAGCCUGCACCGACCAAGAGCAGUUCUGCGACACGAGCCUCCCCGCCGACCGUCAGCAAUGCACGCCGCUGACGAGCUCCAACGACGCGCGGACGCAGGCUGGAGCUCUUCUCGACGGCGGCGACACGGCGUCGGCCAACCGCUUCGACUGGUUCAAGUCCACCAUCUUGAACAAGCCCAGCCCGUACGGCAUCGUGCAGAACCUGGGCACCGCCGCGCUGCUGUCCAGGAGCAGCCUCGGCGUCGGCAUACAGCGGCCGCUGCCGACGAACCAGUGGCAGCUGGACGUGACGCGUUGGUUCGAGACGAGCUUGGCGUCCAUCCAAGGGCUCUUCCUCGACACGGCGACGGGGCCGUCGGACAGCAGGAUGCUGCAGUGGGUGCACAGCCCGGCGAACGCAGAAGAACGGACCCUGUGUCACAGCCAGAAAAUCCUCAGCACAGCAUACAUAUCCUUCUCCCUCUUCGGCCUCAGCCUCAUCCUCGUCCUCGGCACGCUCACCAUCAUCGCCUCCGCCGUCCUCGAGCCCGUCGCCGGCUACGUCCAGCGCCGCCGCGGCUGGAAGGAUUACGCAAGGCUAGAGUGGUGCACCAACGAGACGCUCCAGCUGCAGCGCCUCGCCCACGAGGAGCUCGGCGUCGGGACGUGGUCGCACGCGCUCGACGCCGUGCCGCGGACGGCCAAGGGCGAAGUGCUUGCUGUGCUGGAUUGGGAGGGGGGUGAUAGGGAGCAUCCGCGCUUGCUGGCGGUUGAGAAGGGUGAGGAUGCUGCGGUGGUGGUGGUGGUCGAGGGGGAGGAGGGGGAGGGGGAGGCGAAGACACCUGCGGUCAAUGAGGAGGAGCGGCGUGGGUCGGAGGAGGGCGGUAGUCAGGGGAGUGACGGAGCAUCAUCGGUGUCUUCUGUGGAAAGUUCGCAGGUUUGA